UCCGUCCUCCUUCCCUCCCUCCCUCCUCUCAGGGACCGAGAAUGCCCGUGUUGUACUGACACAGUAGCGAUACGGGCUGAGCAGACAUGGAGGCCCGAUUGACGAGAGAGGCCCGCGCUGACACAUCCAGGCCCAGCUAAUGGUGUGUCGGAGUGGAUUUCGGAGCAUCUCGGGAGAUAUUACGGAUACCAGUCGCCGUGAGGAAAAAAGGAUUUAGGCACCGAGGACGAAGAAAUAAGAGGGAGAUCCAUUUCGGGUCUCUGUUGAUUCAACGCAGCCGCCAUUUUGUUGACACUGUUGGAAGAUAAUUUUAAUAAAAGGGGGGGGGAAAUGUGGCCACCACGUUGAUACACAAGAAGACAGGACACAGCCAAAUAAUGUGAACACCGUUUCUGGACUAUUUCAGAGUUGAAGGACGGAGAAAUAGGGCUGGACAGCCGAGGAAGGGAGAGAAGCCCUCAAAGCAAGGAGAGCUUCACCCUCACCGUUAUCCCCCUCCCCCUUUCCCCCCUUCACCCUUAUCCCAUCCCCAGACAAAAACUCUACCUGGUAUCCACAUUAACCACUCCUUAAACUCCAUAAACUUGUACCCCCCAACCCCCACCCCAAACAAUCUAAUGGAUCAGAAGAUUCAAGGGAGGACUGCAACUCCACCCCCUCUCCUGUCCGGUGCUCCCACAGGGGAGCGAGAGAAGGAGGGAGCGGGUGGGAAGAAAGAAGAAGAGGAGGAAAAGAAGAGGGACAGAGAGAAGGAGGGAACCCCCACCGCAUCUGCUGGUGCAGGAGGCACAGGCGGGCCAGGAGGUGCCGGUGGUGACCAGUCCCAUUUCUCCAUCAAAGAGAGCAGCCUGUCUGAGGGCAAUGUCAAACUGAAGAUUGGCCUCCAGGCGAAACGCAUGAAGAAGCCUCCUAAGAUCCUGGAGAACUAUGUGUGCCGACCGGCUUUCAGAGCCACUGUGAGGCAUACGGGUCGUGGAGGAGGUAAUGCCCGUGGAAACCGUGCAGGCGCCACAGGUGACGGGGCGGGCAGUCAGAGCCAGAGUCCUUCACAGGGCAGAGAAAAAGAGAGGGAAAAGAGUCCCAGUGUAAACAGACCACCCAUCUCAUCAUCUUCAACAGCCCCAACUGCUAAAGCUCCCACACCACCUCCUCUAGCUCCUCCUCCUGCCAGCACUACCACCCUGACACCCUCCCAAAUGAAUGGGAACGCUCCGGCAAAAAAGGGUCCACCAAAGAUGGAUUGCAAGUCUGAUUCAAAGUCAGACACAAAAGCAGCUACCACCACAUCUGAGAGACCACUUAACCUUCACCGCCCUCCACCAGACAGCAAAACGCAUUCCUCUGGGAAGAAAGCGCCAGCUCCGCAACCCAACCCCCGGACAUCUUCACCAUCUCCGCCAUUAUCUUUAACGAAAGAACCCAGCCUUGAAGGUGUUAAGCCUCCUCAAUGCACCUACAGCACAGACAGUCAAAGAGAUAAGGACAAAGGUCUUCAGAGUUGGGGAGCGCCAACCGUCACUGAAAAAUUAGCUCAACUAAUAGCAACUUGUCCACCAUCCAAGACCCCUAAGCCAGCCAAACCUGCAAAGAUUGAUCCCAGCCCUCCUCUUCCGAGCUCAGGCUUUAUGGCCCCUACAGCCAAGCAACGAGACAGAGCUUUGGCCAAUAGGAACACAUAUUCAAGAAUGGUUCACCUUUCUCCUCCACCUCCUGUGUCAAGACCACCUGGUCGGCCAUAUGGGUCUAGAAGCAAAGACAGUAUUUUAGAAAAUUCAACCACCCUGACGCCGCUGAGGAACGAGGACUUGGAUGGGACUGGGAAAGCUGCUAGCAGCAACGGAAACAACAGUAUCAGCAUGAGCAGCACCAACAGCAGUAGUCGCAGCAACAGCCCAGCAUUCACCUAUGGCAAUAACCGCCUGACAGUCCUGUCAAAUGAAAGCAACAGUGACAGCAGCAACAGUAGCAUUUCUAAGCAACCGUUACACCCUGCUCACUCCUUACCCCAUACCACGUCACCUUCAUUGUGUCCAAUUUCAUCAUCUUCAUCAUCAUCGGUGGAGCAGAGGACGGUGAGUGCAGUGAGUCACCUGGGCUCCCCUGUUCCCUCACAAGGACACCAUGCACGAGAGUCUCCUGCCCUCGCAGAAGAAAGCAGUGCAGGUGAGCGAGAGCAAGACAGGGACAUCCCCAGAGACUUAUCCAAGUGCCCCCCUUCAGCAGCAACUGGAAGGCCAGAAGGGAAAGAGAAAGGGGGAAGCAACCAGUCAGUACGAGUUGAGAGGGGAAAAAGUUCUAGUCCAAGUAAACGUAGUCCCAACCAGGAUAGUAACCGAAGCGGUUGGACUAGCAGUCCCACUGAGUCUAUUAGACAAAGGACACCUUCCCCACUGGAGCCAGAUGAUGAUGAUGAUGAUGAUGAUGAUGAUGAUGAUGAUGAUGAAGAUGAUGAUGAUGAUGAAGAAGAAAGCCCACAGACGCCUCUCAGAGAUGACUCUCCUGAUUCAUCCCUAGACUCUCCAGCAGAGCAGGACAGCAAACCCCUUAAAAAGCGCAGGGGAAGAAAACCCCGCUGGACACGUGUUAUGCUAAAGGCCCAAAGUCAGAGAAGCCCGGACAGUCUCUUCACUGAGAACAAAACCACCAUGCCUUUAUCUUCAAGCCUGGAAAUUCCAACGCCACCAGUUAAAAGACCUGUAGGCAGGCCCCCAAAUCCAAAUAAGGUCAAACCAAAUCCUGUGUCACAAAAUUCAGUGUCACAGCUCUUCCCACCCCAGCCUAAAAAAAGAGGAAGGCCAAAGUCUAAAAUGCCAAGGCUUGAUGCACCGGCCCGUGGGAAUCCCCCUAACAAGCUACAACCCUCUAAGGUCUUUUCAUCUUUGUUGAAGUCCAAAGAAGAACAGGACCCACCUGUUCUUCACCCCGAGGUAGACUUAAACCCUCCUAAACCUAUGCCUAGGAAACGUGGGCGCCCCAAGCGCCUUCCUCCUACUUUACCCCAGGAGGGUCAGCCUCCCACGUUGGCUCCAGAAGCAGGGGAAAGAUUCCGCAACAAAGGAAAUGGGCAGCUUAUCAUGAAAACUAUUAUUGGCAAAAUCAAUAAGAUGAAAAGCGUUAAGCGGAAGCGUAUUCUCAGUCAAAUCCUUUUAGGCCCAAGGUCAGAAGACACCCCUAAAGGCACCACCAGUAGCAUGGCUGCAACAGCAGAAGCUGCAACGCAGUCGUUGUCAUCCCUAGCUGCUUCUUUUGGAGGAAAACUAGGGCCUCAAAUUAAUGUCAGUAAAAAGGGCACAAUAUACAUGGGUAAAAGGAGAGGCCGUAAACCAAAAGUGGCAACUAAUGUCUCAGCUACAAUGUCACCUUCAGAAACCUUUAUAUCUCCAAACACCACUUCCCCUCUUCAUCCCCAUCAGUCACAGUCCCAUCAGCAGCACCAGCUCUCCUCAGAGGUUUUUUCCUCACCCUCCCUCUCACAGUUGAGUGGAGGCCACAGUCCCAUCAGCGAUGGUAGCUUUGUGGAGCCAGGCUCAGUGCACUUCGCAGGUCACUCUCACUAUUCCAACUCCCAUCAUAGUCAUAACACGUUUUCGCUUCCUCCUCCAACCUUUUCAGCUCCUAAUCCUCGUAACCCAGUCAUGGGCUUGAUGUCAUCGUCUGGUGUCCCAGUAGCCUCCCAGAAAAAGUCAUCUUGCCGUGGAUAUCAUCACCACCAUCACCAUUAUAGGCAGCACUACCAUUAUCAUAAGCUUUCCCCUCCCAGGCCACUCCAUCCCACCUCCCCUGCCCCUCUGAGUGAGCUAAAAGAAGCCACGCCAUCACCAGUGAGUGAGUCACACAGCGAGGAGACGGUGCCCAGUGACAGUGGUAUAGGGACAGACAAUAACAGCACCUCUGACCGUGGUGAGAAAGCUGGAGGAGCAGGUGGCUUGGGUGCAAUUGGCAUCCCACCUGGGAUGGGUGGUGGAUUAUUAAUGCCAGGGGUCAUGGGUUCAGCUAUGGGUCCAGGGAUGGGCAUUAACUCAAGGGGCAGGCGUCGACACAGCAAUGUACUUAUGGAACAUCCUUCACCGUCUCCAUCACCCCAUGGGACAAGGUCAUCGCCUGAUCCCCGAAGACCUCACCCAGCAGCUCCCGCCACAACCUUAGUGGGACACAAGGAGAAACAUAAGCACAAAUGCAAACGCCGAAGCCAUGGCUGCCCCGGCUAUGACAAGCUAAAGAGGCAGAAGAGGAAACGCAAGAAGAAGUACUUACAGCUACGCUCCCGACGGCUCGACCCAGACUUCCUCGCUGAGCUGGACGAGAUUGUUGUGCGACUAAGUGAAAUACGCAUAACUCACCGCACCACAGGGCACCGGCUCGGAAGCGGAAUAGGCAUAGCAGCGGGAUCAAGUAGAGUGCCAGGGGUGGGUGGCAGGGCUGCUGGCGCCAUAGGAGGCACAGGUGGCCCUCCACCGCAUCAUUAUGUUCACAGAGACCUCCUGCCUACAAUCUUCAGGGUUAACUUUGGCAGCUUCUACUCUCAUCCACCAUACUCCUGUGACCCGUUGCACUAUGUUCGUAAACCGGAUAUGAAGAAGAAACGUGGACGGCCUCCCAAACUGAGGGAGUCUAUGUCUGAGGUUCCAUUUGUACCUGGACUUGGAUUCCCCCUUUCAAGUGGAGGCUUCUACCACCCCUCCUAUGUUCCUUACUCAUCAGGACCUCUGGGGUUGGGCUAUUACAGAGGUUAUCCUCCAGCAAGUGCGCUGUAUCCCCACCCACACCACCAGUCACCCCAUACGGCCCCAUCACAUCACACUCACCACUCACCGUCUUUCCCACCUCCCCCCACAUCUUUCUUACAUCAUCACCACCCAUCACAUCUCCUGCUGAACCACUCAAAGUUUCACAAGAAAAAACACAAGCUGCUAAGGCAGGAGUACCUGGGAGCAGGACGGCCUCCUGUCCUAUACCCACCCAUGUCCUCUGAGCUCUCCUUCAACUGGCACCACAAACAUAAACACAGGCACAAACACAGAGAACGCUGCGCUGAGGAUGACAGGGAGGAAGCAGCAAGAGGUGGAUCAGGGAGCCGAGCUAGUGCAGGGAUUUCUGACAGUGGAACAUCUGGGAAAGGAGAGCGAGUUAGUGGUUUGGGAAUGGCAGAGGCUUUACAGCGAUGCCGCUUUGGACGAGACACUUCCAGCACCAGUGCCAGCAAGCAAGCUGCCACUACCUCUGCUAACUCCCCCUCUUCUUCCUCAUCCUCAUCUGCUGAAAGGUACAAGCGCAAAGAGAGCUCCAUGUCCUGUCUCGGACCUUCAAGGCUUGCAUUGGGCAACAGCUCAAAGGGCCACUCAGCUGAGUCCUGGUUCAGAAUAGGCAACUCUGAAGCAGACUACUCAAAGCUGUCACGGAGUCAAUUGGCUCCUGGCCAGGGUUCCUUCUCAGACGGACGGGCAGAAGACCCAGCGGGCUGCUCGGACAGUGAGGAUGAGGAGCCUCUCACUCCCACAGAGGAUGUAGAAACCCACGAUUCUCCAAAGCGUACAAAUCUGUUUGCUUCAGCAAUCACCCGCACUUCACUGAAAGGAGGCAGGAGCAGAAAGACUGAUGUAGUUACAGAGAGCUCCAGCUUCUCUCACAUGGACCGGCCAAUGAGGAAGGAACACUCAACAUCAGCAGAGAGGAGAGAGAUGGGGUCAUCAGGUAUCCAGACAAGGGGUGUUACACUCCCAACCUCGGAAGAACCUGAAGGAUCCCUGCACCACCGCCAACAGCACCAUCAUCAGUCUUCUCUGUUUCACUCCCACAGCUCAACCUCCUCAUCCUGCCUCUCUCCCUCUCAGGAGUGUUGCCUGGAUGUCUCACUGUCUCACAACUCCCAUCGCGUACAGCCCUCCAAAUACAGUCUGCUCCAUGUCAACAAAAUCCUGCGUGCCAAGAAGCUGCAGAGACAGGCCCGUACAGGAAACAACAUGGUAAAGAAGAGGGGGCCUGGACGUCCUAGGAAACACCCGUUACCCUCCCCACCACCGUCCCCUCCACCUGUGGUAGAGUUGAAUCAAGUCCGGCACCGGGAGAAAGGGGUGGAACGGUUAGCAGAGGGAAGAGGGUGGGAGGGUGAUACUGUGACUGAUGCUAUUGAGUCGGUAGUCCAGGGGCAACGCAGAAAAGGUCAGAAGCGAAAGCACUGGGAGAGAGAAGGGGAUGAGGAAGAGGAGGAGGAUGUGGAAGAGGACAGGGAGGCUGAAGACAUGGAGGGACACUUGCCUGAAAGAGAGGAAAACCUAGGGAGCCUUGUGGCAAGGUCCAGACCUGGGACAGGAAGGAGCUGGCUUACCCAAGAUGAGCUACAGAGCCUUCAUGGCUCAGUGGAAACCAAGCCAGAUGGCCACUGCUCAUCAGAGGGCCCAGGCCCUGUCUCCAGGGAACAAGCUGCACCUAUGCCCAUAGCCACCCAGCGAGAGAAAAGACCAGCACGACCUCCGAAGAAGAAGUUCCAGAAAGCGGGGUUAUAUUCUGAUGUGUACAAAACUGAAGACCCCCGUAGUCAGUUUCUGCAGCUGAAGAAAGAGAAGCUAGAGUAUAUACCUGGGGAACAUGAGUAUGGAUUGUUUCCUGCUCCAAUACAUGUUGGAAAGUACCUGAGACAGAAACGCAUUGACUUCCAGUUGCCUUACGACAUCCUAUGGUUGUGGAAACAUGAUCAGCUACACAAGAGGCCUGAUGUCCCCCUUUAUAAAAAAAUAAGAUCAAAUGUUUAUGUGGAUGUGAAGCCUCUCUCUGGUUAUGAAACAACUACAUGCAACUGUAGACUUCCCGAAGACUCAACUGAAAAAGGCUGCAUGGAUGAAUGCUUGAAUAGGAUGAGCUUUGCUGAGUGUUCUCCCAGCACGUGUCCAUGUGGAGAUCAUUGUGACAACCAGCAUAUCCAGAGACACGAGUGGGUCCAGUGUCUGGAGCGUUUCCGCACUGAGGGCAAAGGGUGGGGCAUCCGCACCAAGGAGUCUCUCCGCUCAGGACAGUUCAUCAUUGAGUAUUUGGGUGAAGUUGUUAGCGAACAGGAGUUCAGGAGUCGCAUGAUGGAACAGUACUUCUCCCACAGUGGCCACUACUGCCUGAACCUGGAUAGUGGCAUGGUGAUUGAUAGCUACAGAAUGGGCAAUGAAGCGCGUUUCAUAAACCACAGCUGUGAACCCAACUGUCAGAUGCAGAAGUGGUCAGUGAACGGGGUGUACAGAAUAGGUCUCUUUGCUCUCAGAGACAUCAGCAGCGGGACUGAGCUCACCUACGACUACAACUUCCGUUCCUUCAAUACAGAAGAGCAGCAAGUUUGCAAAUGUGGCUCAGAGGGCUGCAGGGGCAUCAUCGGAGGGAAGAGCCAGCGUAUUAAUGGGUUGCCUGGGAAAUCAGGAGGGACUCGGCGGCUCGGUCGACUCAAGGAGAAGAGGAAGUCCAAACACCAGCUCAAGAAACGAGAGGAAGAGUCAAGUGACAGCAGCAAGUUUUACCCUCAUCUGAUGAAGCCCAUGUCCAACAGAGAGAGAAACUUUGUGUUGAAGCAUAGAGUUUUUCUCUUGAGGAACUGGGAGAAGAUGAGGGAGAAACAGGAGCUGCUGAAAAGAGAGGGCGAGAGAGAGAGGGAUGCCAGCAGCCUGUCCAUGUAUACGCGCUGGGGAGGAGUCAUCCGUGAUGAUGGCAACAUCAAGUCAGACGUGUUCCUGACGCAGUUCUCAGCCCUGCAGACGUCACGGUCGGUACGCACACGAAGGCUAGCUGCAGCCGAGGAAAACACAGAAGUAACACGCACCGCUCGCCUUGCUCACAUCUUCAAGGAGAUUUGUGACAUGAUAACCAGCUACAAGGACUCCGCUGGUCAGACACUUGCUGCCCCGCUGGUGAACCUCCCAUCUCGAAAGAGGAACAGCCAGUACUAUGAGAAGGUGUCUGACCCGCUGGACCUGAGCACCAUUGAGAAGCAAAUCCUCACGGGCCAUUAUAAGACGGUUGAAGCAUUUGACACAGACAUGCUCAAAGUAUUUCGCAAUGCUGAGAAAUAUUAUGGGAAGAAGUCAUCGAUAGGCAGAGAUGUCUGUCGGCUGCGGAAAGCCUACUACAGUGCUCGUAAUGAAGCUGCAGUCCAGAUUGAUGAGAUAGUGGGCGAGACCGCCAGCGAGGCAGACAGCUCAGACUCGCUGGACCGUGACCACGGUCAUCACCACCACACAGGAGGGCCCGGGUCUCACGACAAGGAUGACGAUGUCAUCCGUUGCAUCUGUGGAAUGUACAAGGAUGAAGGUCUGAUGAUUCAAUGUGAAAAGUGUAUGGUGUGGCAGCACUUUGACUGUAUGCGACUGGAGACUGAGGUGGAGCACUAUCUGUGUGAACAGUGCGAUCCCCGGCCUGUAGAUAGGGAAGUCCCCAUGAUACCCCAGCCCAGCUACGCCCAGGCUGGCUCUGUCUACUACAUCUGUCUCCUUAGAGAUGACCUGCUGCUACACCAAGGUGACUGUGUGUAUCUGAUGAGAGACAGCAGACGCUCACCUGAGGGUCAGCCUGUCAGACAGUCUUACCGUCUCUUGUCUCACAUCAACCGAGACAAACUCGACAUCUUCCGAAUUGAGAAGCUGUGGAAGAACGAAAAGGGUGAGCGAUUUGCCUUUGGCCACCACUACUUCCGUCCUCACGAGACACACCAUUCUCCAUCGCGGCGAUUCUACCAGAACGAGUUAUUCCGCAUGCCGCUCUAUGAGAUCAUCCCCCUGGAGGCAGUGGUGGGAACCUGCUGUGUUCUCGACCUUUAUACUUACUGCAAAGGACGGCCAAAGGGUGUGAAAGAGCAGGAUGUGUACAUCUGUGAUUACCGCUUGGACAAGUCGGCCCAUCUGUUCUACAAGAUCCAUCGCAACCGUUUUCCGGUCUGCACCAAGCCAUAUGCCUUCAACCACUUCCCUAAGCGGCUCACGCCCAAAAGAGACUUCUCGCCUCAUUAUGUUCCUGACAACUAUAAGAGGAACGGCGGCCGAUCAGCCUGGAAAAGCGAACGACCCAAAGAAGCUGGAGGCUGUGAGGACGAUGCCUCUUCCUGCGACCGGGGUGAAGAUUUCCCACCUGAGGGAGAAGAUGGAAGAGGAGUGGAAGACGACAUGGACAUGGCUUCAGAAGAUUCCGCACUUCUUUCAGCCAAGCCUAGAAGACCAGAACGGGAAAGGGAGACAGGAGAAGAGGAGGACGAGGAGGAUGGACAGGAAGCCGAUGAGCGCAAGGGGCUGGAGGAACGUUCAGCCGAGAGGAUUGGAGAGUUGCUUGAAGUUCCAUCAUCCUCGACUUCAUCGCCACUACACCACCCAGCUCUGGGCAGGAGGGAGGCCCAGCGGGAACGACUGAACAAGAUCCUGCUGGAUCUGCUGCACAGAACACCCAGCAAGAACGCCAUUGAUGUCACUUAUCUCCUUGAGGAAGGCGCAGGGCGGCGCCUGCGGCGGCGGGCGCUCGGAUUCAGCGAUUUUGUAGGCAGAAAAUAAUGUUUCUACGUGCCUGUCAAGCACACUGCCUUUCACUGUCAUGAGCAAGGGGCAGAAAAUGGAGAGACAGCAAGAAGGGAAAUGAGCAUUGUUGGUUUUCCAGCCAUUAAGGACCACAAUGCAUCCCUGGGGGCCUCUUCCAGUUUACCUCUUCCAAGACUGUCGUCUCAGCUCUGAGAGGGGUGGAGGGUGUUUGGAAGCACUGACUUCAGGAGCUCUCAAGGAGCACAAAGAGAGAGCUGACCCAGGCUUCUUGCUUAUUUAAGUAAUAUGAUGCAAAAACUUUCUUUUUAAAAAAAGAAAAAGAAAAGAAAAAGAAAACGAACAUAGGAGUUGUAACCCAUGCAUUUAAAUGCAUUGAACAUUGAAAACAUGGGUAGAUGAAUUCCACUAGCAAGCAUCUGUAAUGAAAUAAGUGGUACUGAAUAAGGAUGGAUAGAGGGGGAGGGAUGGAUUAAUGAUUCAGUCUGUGGGGGGGGAUGAGUGCUGGAGAAUUGUUCCCCCUAGUGGAACCUAGCUGCAAUGAAACAAAUGUAAGGGAUGAGAGAAGAACUGCCCAGGGGCUGUGGGGUGGGGUAGGAAUGGCAUAGGAGAAAUGUAAAGUUGAGCGGUGUGCUCAGAUGCUGCUCAUGAGAAAGAGAGAACAAGGGUGGUGAACUGCACUUUUGGUACCAUGGAUAUUGUGAAGCUCUCUGUAAUGUAUCUAUAAUGAAAACACACUAACACUCUCACAGUAUUGGAUGAUGCAGUCUGGAAGAAAACAAAAGAAGCAAGUCUAUUAUCUUUUUCCUGUUAUACUGUAGUAACUCAUUUAGGAACAGAAGAGGCCUGUGGCGUGUUUGUUUUAUUAGAGUAAAGGGAGGGGGUUUGGGAAGAUGGAGCGUGCGCGCUUUUGUCAGUAAAAGUGUCUUGUUCUUUUUUUUUUUUUUUUUAAUCGUCUCGUUACGCAGUCCGCUUUGCCCCUCUUUUUUUUUUUUUUUUUGUGAAGUAAAACAAUUCACCAGCUUAACUAAA